AGAAAAACAAGAGUCAGGAUGAGAAGCAUCUGGCUUGUCCUCUUUGGUGGGGCAAUAGUUUUUGCUUUGCCUGUAAAACACGAAAAAGAAAAAAUGGUGCUUAUGCAGAAGUACCUAGAAAAAUAUUACAACUUUACAUCAAACGGACAACAAGUCUUUAGAAGCAGAAUUAGCAACCCCAUGGCAAAAAAGAUCAGAGAAAUGCAAACAUUUAUUGGAUUAGAGGUGACAGGUGAUAUAGACUCCAAUACACUGCAGGCAAUUCAAAAACCCAGAUGUGGAAACCCAGAUGUGGGACAAUUUGCCUUCUUUGCAGGUCAGCCCAAGUGGCAGAAGAAACAUCUAACCUACAGGAUACUCAACUACACACCAGAUAUGGAAAUAGGCAAUGUUGACAAAAUCAUUGAGAAAGCUUUUAAAGUUUGGAGCCAAGUUACGCCUUUGACAUUCAAGAAAGUUCCAGAUGGCAAUGCCGACAUAUUUAUCUCUUUCCAAUCUGGAGUUCAUGGAGAUUUUUAUCCUUUUGAUGGACCUGGUGGAAUACUUGCCCAUGCCUAUGCUCCUGGUCUUGGCAUUGGAGGAGAUGCCCAUUUUGAUGAAGAUGAAUUCUGGAGCUAUGGUGUAGAAGGUACCAACUUAUUUUAUACUGCUGUUCAUGAAUUUGGCCAUUCCCUUGGACUAUUCCAUUCUCAGGAUCCUAAUGCUGUGAUGUACCCAAUGUAUAAGAAGCCUGAGGCAAAUCAACAGAUUCUAUCUCAGGAUGAUAUUAAAGGCAUCCAGUAUCUCUAUGGAGCAUCAUCAAAUCCAUCUCAAGACCCAGUAGAAGAGGAUGAACCAAGUAAACCCAACAGCCCAGGCAAACCAGUAUUACCAUCUGCUUGCAAUCCUGGCUUGACAUUUGAUGCUGUGACCACUUUUCGGGGAGAAAUAAUGUUUUUCUGGAAUAAAUAUUUUUGGCGAAAACUUCCCCAGUACAGACAGAUUGAUUUGAAUCUGAUUUCUGAAUUUUGGUCAUUUCUACCAUCUGGAGUUGAUGCUGUUUCUGAAAAUAAUGAGAAAGAUGAAACUUUUUUUUUUAAAGGCAACCAAUUUUGGGUCGUGAAAGGAGAUUAUGUACUUCCUGGGUACCCCAAGCCCAUUCACAGUCUGGGCUUUCCAAAUGAUGUCACAAAAAUUGAUGCUGCAGUUUUCAGUGCAAAUGAAAAGAAGACAUAUUAUUUUUCUUCAGACAGAUACUGGAGUUAUGAUGAAAACAGCCAGACCAUGAACAGGAAACCCCAAAGGAUCCAAGAUGGCUUCCCAGGUAUCACAGGCAAGGUUGAUGCUGUCUUCCACUACAAUGAUGUAUUGUAUUUCUUUAAGGGAACACAUCAAUAUGAAUUUGAUCCUAACACCAGAAGAGUUACUCGGAUCCUGAAGGCCAACAGCUGGUUUUCAUGCUGA